AUGGCUGCCAAGCGCACGAGGCAGAGACUGACGACAGAAUUUAAACGCAGAGUCCGCCUCGUACUAAAGACCGAGAUGUCCGGCAAAAAUAAGAUCUCUGCCCAGCAUCCCAAGAUCAUGGAUAGACCAUCGAUCGACUCGGACGUCAGCUAUAACUGGCUUAAGAAGGGACUGUUGAAUGCCGAGACAGAGAGCAACAUCCUAGCCAUUCAGGACCAGUGCAUUAGAACUCGUAACUAUGAGAAGCACAUCCUGAAGCCGGAUGUGGAAGACCGCUGCAGAUGCUGUCAUGGACCACCCGAAACGGUUCACCACCUCCUCAGUGCCAGCCCCGAACUAGCCAAGAGGGAGUACUUGUAUAGGCACGACCAAGUGUGCAAAUAUGUGCACUGACGGAACAACAUUGAAGAGAGUUUUCUGGACAUUUAA